GGACCCUACCUGUAUAAACUCUACCAGCACUACCGAUUCUUGGAGGGACAGAUCGCCAUCCUCUACGUCUGCGGCUUUGCCUCCAGCGUCCUUUUCGGCUUGGUGUCCUCCUCUCUAGUAGAUCGACUGGGUCGGAAAAAAUCCUGCGUCCUUUUUUCUUUCACCUACUCAAUUUGUUGUUUGGCCAAACUCUCCCGGGAUUAUCUGGUGCUGGCGGCGGGGAGAGUUUUAGGGGGGUUGUCCACGGCAUUGCUCUUCUCCGCCUUUGAGGCGUGGUAUGUCCACGAGCACGUAGAGCGGUACGAUUUUCCGACUGAGUGGAUCACCGUCACCUUCUCCCGGGCGGCUUUUUGGAACAACGUCAUCGCCGUGGGGGCUGGGGGGACAGCCGAUUUCUUCGCUGAGUGGUUGGGGUUGGGCCCAGUGGCCCCGUUCAUGGUCUCCAUUCCCCUCCUGGUGCUGUCAGGGGUCUUUGCCGUGAAAAAUUGGGAUGAAAACUACGGGAAGAAACGAGCUUUCUCUAAAACCUGUGGCGACGGUUUGAAGUGCCUCCUCUCCGACCGGCGUGUCCUUCUCCUAGGCACCAUCCAGGCUCUCUUUGAAAGCGUCAUCUACAUCUUCAUCUUCCUCUGGACUCCCGUCCUGGAUCCCCAUGGUGCUCCCUUGGGCAUCGUCUUUUCUGGCUUCAUGGCCGCCAGCAUGCUGGGCUCCUCGGUCUACCACCUGGCCAUCUCCAAGAGGUACCACCUCCAGCCCGUCCACCUCCUCUCCCUCGCUGUCCUCCUCGUCUUCUUCUCCCUCUUCAUGCUCACCUUCUCCACGAACCCCAGCCAGGAGAGCCCGUCCGAGUCCUUCCUCGCCUUCCUCCUCAUUGAACUCUCCUGUGGGCUCUACUUCCCCGCCAUGGGUUUCCUCCGACAGAAAGUGGUGCCAGAGAAGGAUCGCCUGGGGGUGAUGAACUGGUUUCGCCUCCCGCUGAACUUACUGGCCUGUCUGGGUUUACUGGUUCUCCACGACAGCGACCGUCAGACGGGCACCAGGAGCAUGUUCGGUCUCUGCGCGGCGGUUGCGCUGCUGGCGCUGCUGGCCGUUGGCCGUCUCUUUUCCCUCAGCCGCCAUGAUGCUGAGCUCCGCCUGCCCGCGCCGAUGGGACAGGCCGACACCGACGCCACCCCCGAGCUGUGA